AUAUGUAGAAAUUAAAUAUGCUGUAUAUUAAAAAAAAAAAGCUUUAGUAUAGUUUUGGUGUAUUGUGUGGCAUUUGUUGUUGGAUUAAUGAUUCAGCUGUGUCCCCUGCCCCCUCUGUAGACCCCAGGAAUGUCACACUUUCAGACAGACCCCAACAGCUGUAAGGAGGGAGAGAGAGAGAGCACAUGGCACUGGCUAUUUUUAGUUCAUUCAGACUAGAACAUCUCUCCUUCUUUCUCUGGACGUGGCUGUUCCUUCUGGAUCUCUCCUCGGCUGAAAGUUCUGGAUAAGUUUCACAGCGGCUGCACGAGUUCAUAAGUACCCGAGACGAGCACAGGACAGAGCGUAUAAAGAAGGAAAAGAGUCCAGCGAUAAAGUCAACCUAAAUACCUAACAGGCCAACAUGGCUCUACUGUGUUACAACAGAGGCUGCGGGGAUCGAUUUGACGCCGACAAAAACUCAGAUGAUGCCUGCCAGUUUCACCCCGGAGUGCCAAUCUUCCACGACGCCUUAAAGGGCUGGUCCUGCUGUAAAAAGAGGACGACAGAUUUCUCGGAGUUCCUGUCAAUCAAGGGUUGCACUCGCGGGCGCCAUAGUAACGAGAAGCCCGAGGAGCCUCUGCGGCCAGAGGUGACGUCUGACAAGGGAGACGUGAAGCGCCACAGUGGAGGGGAAAUUAUCUACCAGGGACCCAAAUCUGCAGAAGCCCUGGAAAAAGAGAGACCCAGCUCAGACGAGCCAAAGACAAAGCUGCAGGUGAAGAUCGCUCCCUCUCUGGCUCAGAUCGCUGAGAAAAUGGAGAUCACUGAGAGGGAGAAGAGAGAGAAGCUGGAGAGUCAAGUCAUGGUGGUUGGGGUGAAGUGCAAGAAUGCGGGAUGCAAAACAAUCUACCAGGGUCCCCAGACAGAUGCAGAGAUGUGCAGAUAUCAUCCCGGGGUGCCCGUCUUCCACGAAGGAUAUAAAUACUGGAACUGCUGCUGCAUAAAAACCACUGACUUCAACGCCUUCCUGGAUCAGAAGGGCUGCACCACUGGAAAACACUGCUGGAUCGCCAAACAGGACAAAAAGAAGGUGGCUUGCAGGCAUGAUUGGCACCAGACAGGAAAGCAGGUCGUGGUCACGAUCUACGCCAAGAACUCCAGUCCAGAGCAUUCCUACGUGGAGGCGAACCGCACAGUGUUAACAUGCCACAUUCAGUUUGAGGGGGACAAAGUGUUUCAUAAGGACAUCCACUUAUGGGGGGUGAUUGACGUGAAGAGCAGUUUUGUGAACAUGGUGCCCUCUAAAGUUGAAGUGACCAUGCGGAAGGCUGAUGCUGUAGCCUGGGGGAAGCUUGAAGACCCCAAACACAAACCUGAGCCAGAGGUCACCGACCAGAUGAACACCGAACAGGAAGACGUCAAACCCGACUGGUACAUCUCAGAUGAUGACAUCAGUGAGUCCGACUGGGAAGACGAAGAGGAGGACCAGAAAGAGAGUGAGGAGAAAAAAGAAGAAAAACAGGCAGACGAUGGACCCCCUGAGCUAGAAGAGCCUGCUGCUGUCCCCCCAGAAAAAUGAACAUUUUAUUCUGAGCUUAUGGAUUUGUUUACAAGAUCACAUGGGAUUUAUGCAAACAUGGGACUGCUGCUUUCAAGUAGUUGGCUUUUUUUUUUUUUUUAAGUUUCUCUCACUGUUUUUCUGCUAAAAUAUAUUUUACUACAUUUUAUUGUGUGCUUAAAGGUUAGAGAAGUCUUAAAACUUGUCAUCCAGUUUUGCACACCGUCACAGGAAUUUUUGAAAAUAUCACUUUAAAACAUUUUAAAUAACUGUGUGUUAUAUUUGAAAAGGUAAUUUAUUCAUACGAUUGGGAAGCUGAAUUUUCAGCAUCAUUACUUCCAGUCUUUAGAGUCACACAAUCAUUUCUAAAAUCGUUCUAGUGUGCUGAUUCAUGUUGUGCUAUUUGAUAUUUAAUUUCUUUUUCAGGAUUCUCUGAAUUUGUAAUCGCAAACAUCUUACCUCCAACUUUUUACUGGCAGAUUUUCAGCAUUAAAAUUAAUUUGUUAAUAAACGGAACCGUCUAAACUCUCAUACUGUGUUUAUUCUGCCAAACCACGGUAAUGAAGUGCAACAGAACAAACAGCAAUGGCCACACUUUAUUUUUGCGUCAACAGCAACAAUCCUGAAGUAGAUGAUUGCAGUCAGACAAGAGUCCAAGGCCAUGGAAGCUUGACUGCAACCCAUAUGGCAAAAUACUUUAAAUAAAAAGGAUAAAUAAUACAGCUUAAAAGUAAACAGUAGUCUUGACGAUGAAGAGGAUCAGUACCUGUUUUGGUUCUUUUUCUCUGUUCAAAGAAAAAAUUAAAAAAUACAUUUUCAUAAAAUCAUUGCCUUCCUCCCGUACCUGAUGACCACAGUCAUAACCGAUGUGCUGAUACGCAGAGAUGCUGAAAGUAACGUCAAUCCAAACUAAACGGCACGCAGCAACAAUUCAUCACAGAUGAGAAAGUUUGAAACAAACACAUGCAAAAUGAUAAGAAAAAAAUACAGUCCAACUUUUGAGGGGCAAAAAUCAGCACCUAGACUGUCCAUAAACGUUCAUAUCGAGACCGUAUUCGCAAUUAUCUUUUGGUUUUUACAGAGCAAUACUGUUAGACUUUGGCUCACAACGAUCAAGAAAACAAUUAAGGUGUCCAGUAUUGUGUAUGUUAUUUCUUUCAAUGGAGAAAUGUUACACUGUACCCUCUGUUGAUAAAUACUGUUUGUGAUCCACACAUCAGGCGAGUUCAAGUUUUGCUUUCCCUCAGGGCUACCACGUACAGACUGACCCCGAAAAGGGCCGACGGUUGAAUAACAUUCAGAAAUUGGAUUAUAUACUGUCUUAUAUGUAACACAUCUCAUCGCAGGUUUCCCGUGAACGAGAUACCAGUUUUCAUAUGAUGAAACAAAAUGCACAACCUUUUAAGUUAGCUUUUUUUAAACAUUUGUUUUCUAUAUUAAAGUGCAAGGCGAGAUAAAAUACAUCUUGAAAUGUACGACAUACAGCAUCACUUUCUUUCACGAGAUUUCCCUGCAGAAAAAAAGUAAAGAAACAGCUCACUUUAAACCACUGCGCUUCAUUUACUCACUUGGCACAAGAGAUACGGCACUGAAGCUUCUAGAACGACGGCUCAAUUGACACACUAGUGAUACACCAUCACGACUUGGCUGACGAUCCGAGAGUAAAAAGAAAAAGUAGACCUUUUUUUUUCUGCAUAAGGGCAUGAAAGGCAUGCAGAAACUAGACGGUCUUCGAUAGAGCGAUACAGAGACUAGAUGCAGGUUAACUAUUCAGCCAGUUUGUCGAAUAAUACAGGUCCACCAUACAUUCAUUUAUCAGGAUAUUCCUUUUUUUUUUUUUUUUGCACGUGUGUUUAACUGUCUUCAUUUUAAUACAGUUGUUUUAUAUGAUUUAGUUUGUUCCUUUCUUGUUGUUCAGGUGGCGGGCCGAAGAAAUGUCUCGUUUUUUUUCCACUUUGGAAAAGAAGAAGAUUUUGAGAGAAAGUUUGUGUCUGACGGCUUGAAUACUAAGAAACAAAGAAAAAGUAGCAAGAUCGUAAAAUAAGU